GAACACAAGUUGUGGGGAAUUGGCGUGUACCCGUGAAAAUGUUUAAAAUGUUUGAGAAAAUGCAUAGAGAGAAAGAGAGAAUGUGAGUACAUAUGUGACUGUUGUGUAGUGGAAAGGCUAUCAGCAGCGGUGAGAGAGAGAGAGGUUAACUGGCGGCGUUACCGAUACAUUCUGUGGGUUCCGUUGCAGUAACGCAGUUACCGGCGGUGUCGGUCAUGGAAGCUACCAAUUUCACUUCCUCCCUUUUUGUCUCUCAAUACCAUGGCUCUGCCAGAAGAAGACCCUUCAUAUUCAAGCGCAACAACCAUAUCUGUUACGGUUAUUGCCCUCGCUUUCUGCGCCAAGCGCAAAGCCUCUCAUCGCCCCUCGUAACCCUUCGCGCCAAACCCUCUUCCCUCCCUCCCAACCACCUCACCGCCGAACAACAACACGCCGACGAGGAUCAUCAGCUCCACCCCAACCCCGCCGUUAAGUUGCCGCUCGAUCAAAAUGAAAAACUUCAGCAUGUGGAUGUGAAGCGAGAGCUUCUAUUGUUGUCUCUGCCGGCCCUUGCCGGUCAGGCAAUUGACCCCUUGUCGCAGUUGAUGGAAACCGCCUACAUUGGUCGACUCGGCACUGUCGAAUUGGCUUCUGCGGGCGUUUCCGUGUCCAUCUUUAACAUCAUUUCUAAGCUUUUUAACAUUCCCCUUCUAAGCGUUGCCACUUCCUUUGUUGCGGAGGACAUGGCCAAGGCUGCCUCUGCUCAGCAUUCUGAUUCAGCAGAUCAGGGUGCUACAGAAAAUACUGGCAAUGGUAAACCUUUCAAAACAGUUCCCCAUAGAAAACAGCUACCCUCUGUCUCCACUGCUUUGCUUUUAGCACUCGGCCUUGGCAUUUUUGAGGCUUUGGCUUUGUCCCUGGGAUCUGGAGCAUUUCUAAAUUUAAUCGGUGUAUCAACGCAAAAUCCAACUUUUGCUCCUGCACGACAAUUUCUCUCUAUAAGAGCUGUUGGUGCUCCUGCAGUUGUACUUUCUUUGGCUCUUCAAGGCAUUUUCCGUGGUUUUAAGGAUACGAAAACUCCUGUUCUAUGUCUAGGCAUUGGCAACUUUUCAUCUGUCUUCUUAUUUCCCUUACUUAUGUAUUACUUUCGGUUGGGUGUAACUGGUGCAGCCAUUUCCACUGUUAUCUCUCAAUAUAUUGGAACCAUGUUGAUGAUCUGGUGUCUGAAUAAACAAACUGAGUUACUACCUCCGAGGAUGGGAAACCUGCAAUUUGGCAGUUAUAUUAAAUCUGGUGGUUUCCUUCUUGGAAGAACACUUGCUGUUCUUUCAACCAUUACAUUGGGGACAUCAAUGGCUGCUCGACAUGGUCCAGUAGCUAUGGCUGCACAUCAGAUAUGUAUGCAAGUGUGGUUGGCUGUUUCCCUUCUGACAGAUGCCUUGGCUGCAUCUGGUCAGGCCCUUGUUGCAAGUUCUGUAUCCAGACAUGAAUACAAAGUUGUGAAGGAGAUUACUAGUUUUGUAUUAAGGAUUGGACUGGUAAUGGGUAUUUGCUUGACUGCAAUUCUGGGUGCAUCGUUUGGACCUCUAGCUACCAUUUUUACUCAGGAUUCUGAAGUCUUGCUGGUGGUCAGAUCAUUAGUGUUGUUUGUCAGUGUUUCGCAACCAUUUAAUGCACUGGCAUAUAUUUUUGACGGUCUCCAUUAUGGUGUUUCUGAUUUCCGAUAUGCUGCUUUCUCCAUGAUGCUUGUGGGAGCAGUCUCCUCUGCAUUCUUGUUGUUUGCAGCUCCAGUUUUUGGCCUCCAGGGCGUAUGGCUGGGCUUAGUUCUCUUCAUGGCUCUUCGUGCAGUAGCUGGCGCUGUCAGAUGUCUCUCAAAGAAUGGUCCUUGGUGGUUUCUACACAGGGAUUUACAAAUUGUAUAGAGCGCUACUACAACCAGAGAAAAGGCGUGACUGCGUCGAACUCCAUAAAUCAUGUUUGCAACUUCCUCCACUCGCCUUCCAAGUCAAAACAACAAAAAACAAAAUAAAAAAAUAAGCAGAGUAAAAUGAAAACAGAAAAUGGAGUUUACGUUUCAUAUAUAGCUUACCGGAACCCCAAACACGGAAUCCUGAUGUGUUUCCAAGAGUGAUCUAACUUGGGGCAUUAUUGUGAGUGUGGGGUGGAGUCUAAGGCGCACUACCAUGGAGCGUAACAGAGAAAGAACGAUAUGAGAAGAGUUGAUUCCUGUAUAAUAUGAGAGGUGAAAGAAGGAAGUGACAACACGUAACAGCGACAGACACUGGUUGAUGAAGAUUUAAGGCACACAAUAUUCUUUCUGCACCCUAACUUUGUUAGUUAGUAUACUUAUUUUUGAAAUUCCAUAUAUUCAAAUCUCAAACAUCUCCAAGAAGAUGUCAAGAUUGUAAACGAUGAAUUAGAGUAGUUACAUUUUGAAACA